AUACCUGCGGAGCGCACACAGGCUCCUCCCACUCUCCGUCUGUCUCACUCUCUGAUCUUCUUCCCUUCAGGACCCCACACUCAUUCAUCAGGACCAAUUUUCAUUCAGCCCACGCAGCAAUACUGCCUACAAAAAGAUGCGAGAAGCGAAGCGGAGAUGUAGAGGAGAAAAACGGAGACGGGUACCGAAGACGAGCGCGUGUUUGUGAGCCGGAUUUAAGAAAGGAUUAUAAGAGUUCCUCCAUCCUCCUCCAGGCAUUUUCUUCACUGUGAAUUUAAAAAGCUGCUAUGGCCCUGGGCAGAUGUUGCAGAGAUUUCAGCAGAGCUUUCCUUAGCUGCAAUCUGGAGAAUCAGAGGGGCAAUGAGAACAAGCGCUCAACUUGCUGGUGCAUAAUGGUCACUGUUGGGGCCCUAAUUUCUGUCUGCUGGCUUUACAUUUGGCUGGUCUUCUACAGCGACCGAGAUGAUUUUAAUACGCUCUUCUUCUCCUAUCUUUACAAGCACAAGGACUAUUUCAUGGUGGUGAUGAUCAUUUCUGCCCUGCUUGCCAGCUACUGCGUUCUGCUGCUGCUUUUUGCACUUGUCCAAGUUGUCUUGCAAGAAAAACUUGACUUGCACUGGAUCCACAAGGUUUUGAUAUGUUUCGGAGUGUUACUCAUCGUUACUAUGAUUUUAUUAAUCACCCUAUUACAGCGAGAUAGAUGGGAUAUUGUUCCUCUUUCACUCCAGUACACGGCUCCUUUCUUACAGUUCGGUGCUGUUGGAGCUGUGACCCUGCUGAGCUGGUUGGUCUUCCGGACCUUCAACCAGGUCCAAAAAAGAUCAAAGUUCCUGAUUGCAGGACUGUUCCUUAUUUUGUCGGCAUUCAUCUAUCUGUGUCCCCUGCUCAUCCACUCACCCUGUUUGAUCGACAUAAAGGAAAUAAAUUUAACUAAACCAGACAUCUGGGGCCACAGAGGAGCACCAAUGCUGGCACCAGAGAACACCAUGAUGUCCUUUGAAAGGAGUGCAACAGAGUGCAAAGUAAAAGUAUUUGAGACUGAUGUGCAGCUCAGCAAAGACAGAAUUCCCUUUCUGAUGCACGACAACAAGGGCGAAUUCCUCAAAAGAACAACAAACGUUACACAGAGUGUUUCUUCUGGCAAUCAGGUGGACAUUAGUGAGCUGCAGUCUCUAAAUGCAGGGAAAUGGUUCAUAGAGAACGAUCCGUUUCAAACUGUUCACCUGCUCAACAAAAGCCAGAGAGAGACGGCUGAAUCGCAGACUAUUCCUACACUGAGACAGCUUCUAAAACUUGCCAAACGGCACAAUAUUUCCAUUAUAUUUGACUUGUAUUGUAAUGGCAGUAAUGACACCGAGGACACUGUGAAAGAGAUCUUGAAUUCAAACAUCAGCCAUGAAUUGAUCUACUGGCUUCCACCACAAAACAGAGAAUAUGUGAAGAAGACUUCAAACUUCACCCAGGUGUACAACAUUACAGAGACAUCAGAGAUGGAUAAACAAAAUGGGACUCACCUUAAUGUUAGACACAGUCAACUUAACACGGAUAAAAUCAGGAACCUUCGAAAUAAAGGCAUUAAAGUGAACCUGCAUGUGGUCAAUGAGCGCUGGAUGUUCUCUCUGCUGUGGUGUGCAGGAGCCAGUUCAGUCACUACUAACAACUGCCAGGUGUUCAGCAAAAUGGAGCAGCCUGACUGGACCAUGGCACCUUCUGUUUAUAUAACAUUAUGGAUUUCAGUAGAUGCUGCAUCCAUUUUGAUAAUGAUUGCUGUCUUUGUCUAUCACAGGAAAAACACAAGUUCCCGUCAGAGAGGAGGUAAAGAAGAAUCUCUGAGCAGCUCGAAAUCGCUCCUUUAGUUUGAACUUUGACAGAAUUCAGAAGACAUAAAGCCUUCUUGGAUCCGUUUCUGGGUCACCGCAGCAGCUAAAAGCUUCAUCAGGGCUAAAGAAAGAACUAAAGUAUCAUCACUACACAUUUUUUUACUAAGCUGUGAAACAAGUAAUAAUUUUUACUGAAAUUUUGUCUUCCGUAUCAUUAAUAUGCCACUGGAUGGAAUUUGGUUGCAAGGGUUUUUACAUUUAAAGUUAAUUUUUUUACUAAAUAAAAUACAGUGCCUUUGACCUUCUGAUUGUAUUAAUAUCGAAACUGCUUUCUCUUUGCACUAUAUUUUUGUACAAUUUAAGGAAAACUACAAAUAAGCCUGAAACGUUUCAUAACCUGGUGGAUUUAGAGUUUAAAUUUUUCUAAGUCCAAGUUGUCACCCUGAUUCCCCCCUCUGAUUUUCUGUCAGAGACUCUGGCUUGGUUACUCUAAAACAUUAUUAUCAAUGCCAGUGAAAAAACCCAACAUUUUGGUAAAAUUAAAAGACAACUUUAAACAUAACUCUGCCAGGGGUAUGAAUCGUUUUGAGCUAAACUACAGCUCCACUACGCCAUGAAUAUCUGUAACCUGAGCCAAAUUAACUCAAAUGUUUGUUGUUUUUUGUGUGUGUGUGCUGCUGUUUGGGUUGUAUUCUGUGUGUAAUCCCAACACUUUAUUCUCAGGGAAUAAACAACAACCCAAAUUUGAUCCAUUUUAAGAUCAAACUGCAGAACUGUCAAAAUUUCUCCAAUAUGGGGUUCAUUAAUUUUGGGUCUAACAUUUACCAGAUUUUUGUGACAUAGAAAACUGACGAUAAAACAUUUAAAAUAUUUUCCGUUUUUCAAUGUGGCAUGUCUUGUGUAAAAUCCAGUCAAAUAAAACUGGAUUCAUUUAUUUUGAAUUUGAUUGAUAAGAAAUAAAGUUAAGACAUUGUAA